AUGCUGUUAGAAGACUUGCGCAAUACAAGAGAAGACCUUGAGCGUCUUGAGCAGGCUAUAGCCGAGCGCUCACUCGAAGAACCGAAACAUAUUCGAGACCGCCUAUCAAGAGACCAUCAGAUCGCUGCCUUUCUCGAUCGCAUAAAGUCGCAAUCAACUCGCGCAGUCAACCUGUACAAAGACAAUGACGGCAGCCGUCUACGCGAAGUCCAAUCAAUCUCUACUGGCGACACAUUCGACGAGUUCUACAAGCAACUGAAUAACAUCAAAGACUUCCACAAGCGCUACCCCAAUGAGCCUGUCGAGAACCUGGAGCGCGCAUACAAGCGCAGAGCUGUCGGCGAAGAUGCUCCUUUCCCCUCGGAGAUUGAUACUAUGUUCACUGGAGAAGAAGCUUUUGGUCGCUACUUUGACAUGAACGCUCUGCAUGAAGACUAUAUCAACCUGCCUGGUUCGAAGAGGCGCAUCACAUAUUUACAAUAUUUGGACACAUUCGACGAAUUUGAGGGCAUGCCUAGGCCAGACAAGCUGAAGGAUCAGUAUUUCCAAUACCUAGGCAAUCUGGCCACCUACCUUGAAAGCUUCAUGCGACGAAUCAAGCCUUUGGAGGAUCUGGAUAGACUGUUCAUCAGCUUCGACGAGGAGUUUCAAAAAGCGUGGGAGAAGGACGAGGUGGCAGGCUGGCAGCUGAACACAAAAUCAACAACAGACGGACCCGCAACAGAAGGCACAGGCGAAGGCAUAUGGUGCCCGGAUUGCGAAAAGGAGUUCAAGAACGACAACGUCUACAAGGCCCACCUGACAGGAAAGAAACACAUCAAAAAUGCAGAAGCAAGAAAACAACGCUCUGCAGACGGAGCAACAUCCACAGAUGGCAGUUAUAAUGCAGCAACUUCGGUGCACCGCCUAAAAGAGAAGGCGGUGGCCGAGCGCGAACACCGUAUCCGCAAACUUGCCGCCGCGAUGCAGACCGAACGCUCCGACACACGCGCCAACGUCGAACGCAAGGCAGGCAUGACAGACAAGGAACGUCAGCAAGAACUUGCCGCGCUAUACGCCGAGACCCUCGAACAAACCGCCGACCCAGCCGCCAACGAUGCCGAUGACCAAGACGAAGAAGGCAAGGUCUACAACCCCUUAAAACUGCCUCUGGGCUGGGACGACAAGCCCAUCCCCUUCUGGCUGUACAAACUGCACGGUCUGGGUGUCGAAUUCCCCUGCGAAAUCUGUGGCAACUACGUGUACAUGGGUAGAAGAGCAUUCGACAAGCAUUUUGGUGAAGCCCGCCAUCUGUACGGUUUGAAGAGACUUGGCAUCACCAACUCCAGCAUGUUCAGAGAUGUCACAGGGAUUGAAGAAGCAACAGAGUUGUGGAAAAAGCUACAGAUGGAUAAGAAACAAGAAUCUACGGCUAGCGAUCAGGUUGUGCAGAUGGAGGAUGGAGAAGGCAAUGUCAUGCCUGAAAAGGUGUACUACGAUUUGCAGAAGCAGGGAUUGCUAUAG